AUGGACAGUAGCCUGCGAGGAAUGGCAACCGGAGUCCAGGCCAACCUCACCGUCCGGCUGUCCGUGCACGGCCCAGGCAGCUGGAGACACGUGGGCCAGGAGAGGGAGUUUGCAAGGCACCUCCAGGUAGUGAGCGGAGCUCAGGUCACUAUGUCCAGUGACAACUGGUACGAGCGCAACCUCACGCUGAGCGGUAGCAGCGACGUCAUCUUCAAGGCCUUGAUCGUGGUCAUCGAUAAGAUCUAUGACGACAUCUGCAGCACACUGUCGCUCACCGAGGGCCCGCAGCCCAUCGUCACCCUGCUGCUGAGGGUGCCGGCCGCACACUGCAUCUUGCUGCUUGGAGAGGGAGGCUCCAGAGUCAGGGAUAUCUGCGCUCGCACCAGGACCCAGGUGCACGUGUCCGGCAGCAUGCCGCCCGGUGACAGCGAGCUGUCCAUGACGGGCUGGCCACACUGCGUGAGCGAGUGCAUGAAGCUGAUCUGCCAGAAGCUGCUGGAGACGCUCAUCGAGACCCUGCAGGAGCGAGGCCCAGCCCUUGCCAACCAGCCCACACUGGGCCCGGCUCUCCCUGCGGAUGACCACAGCCAGGUCGCUGAAGGCUCUACCUACACGGGGGGCCGCCUCUAUGCCAGGGGCUACUCCUGCUCCGGGGGCAACUCCUACACCGUGGAUGACCCCGGUGCCACGGGCCACCCCCAUACCGGGGGCGACCCCUACGCCAGGGGCGACGCCUACGCUGGGGGCGACGCCUACGCUAGGGGCGACCCCUACGCCGGGGGCGACCCCUACGCCAGGGGUGAUCCCUAUGCCGUGGGCAACGCCUAUUCCAGGGGUGACCCCUAUGCUGGAGGCAUCCCCUAUGCCGGGGGCAUCUCCUAUGUCGGGGGUGACCCCUCCACCAGAGGCAUCCAUUAUGCUGGGGGCAAUCCUUACCCCUACGCCGGGAGCAACCCCCAGGCCGUGGGCUACCCGCACCCUGUGCCCUACCUGCUGGGGCAGCCCCCGCCACCGCCGCCACAGCCGAGUUCCAGCUGCGUGCUACCUGCCAUGCUUCCCUUCAGCUGGCCCGUGGUGGGGCAGCCGGCCGGAUCCAGCGGGAGUGUCAGGGAACCACCGAUGGAGAUCAUCCACGAGCUCAUGAUCCCCAACGAUUUUAUUGGCGGCGUCAUCGGCCUCCAGGGAGCCAAUAUUAGCGAGAUCCGCCGCAAAUCCGGUGCCCGGGUCAAGAUCUUCCCGCUGAUGGAAGGCAGUUCUCUGAGGCUGGUUAGGAUCACUGGUACACCUGCCAGUAUCGUCGUGGCCCACAUUAUGGUCAUCUCCAGCCUGAGCAACCAGAGGCCCUAG